AUGGGGGCCAUUGCGGUAAAAAGUGCCCGUCCCGGUCGGGCACCCCGCCCCGCACCCCCGCCCCGCAGCCGCGGUGCCCCGGCCCGGGCGGGCACUGACCGGCAGCGCGGAGCUCUCGCCGGGUGCGCUCGCAGGAGCCGCGGCCGCGCUCGGGCUGUGCGCGGGGCCGAGCGCUCGUCCUUGGCCAGCAGCUGUUUCCUCACGGCCACAGCGUCACCGCCCCCUGUCCCCGCCUGCCGCGGCCACAUCCCACCCCCGGUGCCGUGCCAGAGCUCAGCCCGCGGCGCGCAAUGUCACCCCCGCAAAAUCACCCGCAAAAUCACCCGCGGUGCGACGGCGCCCGGUGUCACCCGCAAAGUCGCCCUGCUGUGGGGAAUGGGGGUCUCCUGGCACAGAGCCCCGCUGUGCCCUCACUGCUGCCGCUCUCCCGUCCUGCAGGUGCCGUGCUGGGGCCGGCUGCGCUCCGUUCCCCGGCUGCUGUCCCGCAGGAAGCGAGUCCCGGCCGGCCCGGGGGGCUCCAGCCUGCGCCGCUGCCUCUCGCCCCUGGACCUGGCUGCGCUGGGGGUGGGCAGCACGCUGGGGGCUGGGGUCUACGUCCUGGCAGGGGAGGUGGCCAAGAGCAGCUCUGGCCCGAGCAUCGUGCUCUCUUUCCUGAUUGCAGCCGUGGUGUCUGCCCUGGCAGGGCUGUGCUACGCCGAGCUGGGGGCCCGAGUGCCCCUGGCUGGCUCUGCCUACCUGUACAGCUACGUGACAGUGGGUGAGCUCUGCGCCUUCCUGGCUGGAUGGAACCUGCUGCUGUCCUCUGUCAUCGGUACUGCCAGCGUUGCCCGGGCCUGGAGCGCUACCUUUGACCAGCUCCUCGGCAAGAGGAUGGGGAGGUUUUUGGGUGCUCAUGCAGCCAUGACCUCUGUGGGGCUGGCAGAGCACCCAGAUGCCUUUGCUGCUGGCCUGGUGGUCCUGCUGGCAGCGCUUCUUUGCUUUGGAGUGAAGGAGUCCACCAUGGUCAACAAAGCCUUCACAGCUCUCAAUGUGCUCGUCCUGCUCUUUGUCACAGUGAGUGGCUUCAUCAAAGGCCACAUGAGCAACUGGAGGCUCAGGGAGGACGACCUGCCACAGACCGCUGCCCAGGAGGCUGGGAACCAGUCCAUGGCUGACAACAUCACCAGUGCCUUUGGGGUGGGAGGCUUCAUGCCCUAUGGCUUCACUGGCACCUUGGCUGGAGCCUCUGCCUGUUUCUAUGCCUUUGUUGGGUUUGACUGCAUUGCUACCACAGGGGAAGAAGUGAGGGACCCGCAGAGAUCCAUCCCCAUGGGCAUCAUUCUCUCCCUCCUCAUCUGCUUCCUGGCCUACUUUGGGGUGUCUGCUGCCCUCACCCUGAUGAUGCCCUACUACCUGCUGGACACCACGAGCCCUCUGCCAGUGGCUUUUGAGUACAUUGGCUGGAGCAGUGCAAAGUAUGCUGUGGCUGUGGGGUCACUGUGUGCCCUGACCACCAGCCUCCUGGGCUCCAUGUUCCCCAUGCCAAGGAUCCUGUAUGCAAUGGCUCGGGACGGGCUCCUCUUCCAGCCUCUGGCCCAAGUCAGUCGCCGUCAGUGCCCGGUGGUGGCAACUCUGGUGUCGGGGGCAGUGGCAGCUCUCCUGGCCCUUCUCUUCGACCUGAAAGCCCUGGUUGACACCAUGUCCAUUGGCACACUGCUGGCCUACUCCAUGGUGGCUGCCUGUGUGCUGCUGCUCAGGUACCGGCCUGAGCCCAGCGCUCGGGACCCUCCUGUGGGGAAGGUCCCAGCUGUGCAGCCAUGGUGGAACCACCUGGUGCAGUCACCCCCCCAUCCCACCCCGCGCUCCUCUGCCCUGGUGGUCUGGGCUCUGGCAGCUGCAGCUGCCCUGGCCUGUGCCCUGGGCUGGGUGAGCUCUGCUGGGCUGCCCUGCCUGCGGGCUGGGGGUGCCUGGUGCAUCACAGCCCUGGCCCUGUCUCUCCUGGGGAUCCUGGCAGCAGCUCUUCUCAUCUGGAGGCAGCCUCAGAGCCAGGACAAGGCAUCCUUCGUGGUUCCCUGCCUGCCCUUCCUGCCUCUCCUCAGCAUCUCCACCAACGCUGUGCUGCUGGCCCGGCUCAGCGCGGCCCCCUGGCUGCGGUACCUGCUCUGGAUGGCCGCGGGUUUCCUCAUUUACUUUGGCUAUGGGAUCUGGCACAGCACUGAGAGCCCCUGGCCUGAAGGGACAGAGGGGCCCAGCCCUGCCAGAGCUGCAGGAGCUGCUGCCCCGAGUCUGGUGAACCUCCCUGAGCACCCCAAAUCCUCACAGCGAGCCCCUGCAGACAGAGUUCUGUUUGGAGAGGAUAAAGCACACAAGUGGUUUUGCUCUGCUCACAAUGAGGUGGAGAGGCCUCUUGUGCUGCCCUGA